AGAAGCCGAAUGAGAUUAACGUUUUCUUCACGAAACUGGUUUUGUACUGAACUCUACAUCUAUCAAACGUGGUUUUAGCGUUAAGAGAAUCUUUGCAAUGAAGAGGUCUAUAUGUUGGAGUAUUAAAUCUAUAGACGUUUGACGUAUUUGUUCGGGGGAAGUAUUUUGAGCAUCCUACAAAUAUAAAAUCACUGGAGAGAAAUAAAUAACGACGUUUCUGAAUUAGAUCGCCUUGAAAGUAUGGAGCUCACACGCUCAACAUGGCCGCUUCUCCUUACACGAAGCCCAAUGCAGAUAAGGUGAGAAAACGUUCUUUCUCUGGAGGGCUGCCCGCUUUGAAUCGCUCCGGUUCCAUGGCGGAUAAAACGUUGCUUGGAGUGCUUAACAUCCUUCGUAUGGACGACGAACCGACGAAUACGUUCCUCGUACGAACCAUUCUACCUGACGGAGAUCUACGUCUGGUCAGUGCUAAUCGGAAUAUGACUAUWAGGGACCUUGUUGCUGAAAUAGUACAAGAAUUUCACUUAGAAAAUUAUCAAGUGCGAGAAUUACCGGGAAAAACCAUCACAAACUUGGAUGCCAAAGCAACAUGUGUGGAAUACUCCGAGAUUGCAAUAGAAGAUGUAGAAAGAAAGCUGUCCAACUUCGAGCUUGAUAACAUUCAUUCAAUCAAAGAUUCCAGGCUUCGUUGUGUGAAAGAGCUACAACACGAAGAGCAGACCUUCUUUAGUGAACUGAAGUCUUUAUUUGAAGUUUACGCCGAUCCUCUUCGAAAAUGGGGAUUGCCAAGAGCAGAUUACAAAGUACUAUUCGAACCUCUUGAAACGAUUUGCAAUUUGAAUGUCAGAAUGAAUUCAUUGUUGGAUGAGGCUGUUAAAUGUUGGGAUACUUCAAAGACUUUGAUAGGUCGAAUUUUUACAGAUUUAGAUAUACUUUGGUCGACGUACGAAGACUAUUUUCAGUCCUUCAGAGGAAUUAGAACGUAUUUGAGGCAAAAAAGAGAUUUUGAUGCAGAUUUCCAGUCUUUUGUCAACAUGCAGAGAGGUUCUCGUCAUCAACACUUAGAGGUGUUGCUUCUGAGACCGAUUCAACAUGUUACUGACUACGAUAGGAUUUUAUCGAAUUUGCUCGACAAGACUCCUCCRGACCAUCCUGAUCGAGAGGACCUGGAACAUGCAGCAACCAACUUUAGACGAAUCGUUAGAGAAAGAGAAGAAGAAAUUGUUACAUUUGAAAAUGAGGUUAGGAUCAACCAAGUCCAGGAUAAAUUCCCACAUGACAAUCUAGCAAUCACGGAAGGAGAAGCGCUACCG